AUGGGUAGAAUUCCAAGGAAGAAGGUCACCUUUCACAGGAGAAAACAGAGCUUAAUGAAAAAGGCUAGUGAACUGAGUACUCUUUGUGGCAUUGAUGCCUGCGCUAUUAUCUCUAAUUCCUAUGAAGACCAGCACGAGGUUUGGCCCUCCAAUGAAGAAAUCCAGCCCAUACUGUCUCGGUUCCGCAACCUGUCGGAGAUGGAAAAGGGCAAAAACAAGGUGGAUGAUGUGAGGUUCGUUCAGCUGAGGAUCGAUAAGGCAAAAAACCAACUGCAAAAACUGUGUAAGGCUGUUAGGGAGCAGGAGAUAAUCGAUCGAUGUCAUAAUAACAAAAGCAAGAUCAGAAGCGAAAGAAUUUAUGGCGUUUUAGAAGCGCUCAGAAACCGGAGCGGAUCCGCUAGCGGAGCCGCUUCCGACUUCCGCUGUGCCAAACAGCAUAGCGGAAACAGCGGAUCCGCUAGCGCUUUAUAA